GAUAAUUUGCCACCUAGCUAAAAUCGGAAGGUUGCCCUCACUUGACUGCAAACCUCACUGACCGGUGCGAAAUGGCGAGAGAGGGUGAAGUGGUUUGCGUCACCGGCGGCAGCGGCUGCAUUGGAUCCUGGCUCGUCCGUCUCCUUCUCGACCGUGGCUACUCCGUCCACGCCACCGUUCAGGAUCUCAAGGAUGAGAGUGAAACGAAACAUCUAGAAGCUCUGGAAGGAGCAGAGGCCCGUCUCCGUCUCUUCCAAAUCGAUCUCCUUAACUAUGCCUCUAUCCUCACUGCCGUCAGUGGCUGCGCUGGAGUCUUCCACCUCGCCUCUCCCUGCAUCGUCGAUGAAGUUCUAGAGCCCGAGAAACAACUUCUGGACCCGGCGAUCAAGGGAACGCUAAACGUGUUGACGGCGGCAAAGGAAGCAGGGGUGAGUCGCGUGGUGGUGACUUCAUCCAUCUCAGCUAUUAUUCCGAGCCCUAAUUGGCCGGCCGAUAUCGUCAAGUCUGAGGAUUGCUGGACCGACAUUGAGUACUGCAAGCAGAAAGGAUUAUGGUAUUCGCUUUCUAAAACCCUAGCUGAGAAAGCUGCUUGGGAUUUUGCCAAAGAGAAAGGUUUGGAUGUGGUGGUGGUAAAUCCUGGGACGGUAAUGGGCCCUGUGAUCCCUCCUAGGCUCAAUGCAAGCAUGUUAAUGCUUGUUCGCAUUCUCCAGGGAUGCACUGAAACGUAUGAGAACUUUUUUAUGGGAUCUGUGCAUUUCAAAGAUGUAGCUCUAGCACAUAUAUUGGUGUACGAGAACAAAUCAGCAAGUGGAAGGCACUUGUGUGUUGAAGCUAUAUCUCAUUAUGGUGAUUUUGUGGCAAAGGUUGCUGAAAUUUACCCUGAAUAUGAGGUGAAAAGGUUGCCAAAGGAUACCCAACCUGAGUUGUUAAGGACGAAGGAUGGAUCAAAGAAGCUGAUGGACUUGGGCUUACAAUUCAUACCCAUGGAGCAAAUUAUCAAGGAGGCUGUUGAGAGUUUAAAGAGCAGGGGAUUUAUUUCUUGAAUUGAGCUUCAAGCAUCACUGAAGAACUUCAAGGAGCCAAUUACUAGCUGCAUAUGCUCACGAACACCCGGUAACCUAUCUAUCUUGUAAAUUGACUGGGUGGUGAAGACAAGUAUGUAUGAAUAAUUCUAGGCAAUAAAGUAAGCUUAUUUACUUCAAUUAGUAUGUCCUUGCAAUCUUUUCCUGGUAUGUAAUCGAGAAAAAAACUAGAUUGUUGUAUGUUUCAAGAAGUUUUGUCAGGUAGUAUUUCUUCCAAGUUGCUUCUCGACAGAGUUGAAUUUGUAAGAAUUUUUGUAGUAAAAACGGAGGUACUUGGUAAGUUGCAAAUGUGUAAAAAAAUGAUAUUUGUUAACAAUCAAAAUGGCUGCUCUGCACUUUCUGCCUUGA